ACUGAUGGACUGAUUGAAGUGAAAUGCAUUGAUAUCUCUCUCAAGACAUACAAUGAGUGAUUCAAACGAAUCGUCAAAACCUCCGCAAGACUUCAAUAUUGGCCACCAUUUAGUCGAAAGUCAUUUCUCAGACAAACCACUCAAUGAUGGCUUAAAGCAAUUACUCGAUGAAAAUGAGUGCAGAAGUGGUAAUACGACCACAAAUGGACGCAAAUAUCUAUUACAGUGUCGUGUCUGUAGAUGUGAUAAAAGCAUAUUCUUCUGCAGCGAUUGUGUCCGAAACGGAGACUUCACAGACUCUAAGAUACGAAUUCCCGAAAGAUUUGCUGAAAAAAAGCUCAAAUACUUCCGAUUGAAAUGUGAACAACAGUUGAUCAGUGAUCGCAUGGAUCACCACAUGAAUGAGUUGGUCAUCAAAGACGAAUUGGAGUAUAAGAUCCGACUCUUGGAGGCCAAUGUCGACCACUUGAGGAGCAAUCUGUCCAAAGCCAGACAGAAGUUGUCUUCGAGUGAGAGUCAUCUGCGGAAGACUCGAUGCAAUCAAGAGGAGUGCAAAGAGCGUCACCACAAACUUGAGGCCAAAGUGAUGGACGCCAAGCAGUUCCUCAGUCGUCGCCAAAACGGUAUCACAAGACUCGUGGAGUCCAAAGACAGUUACGACUCUUACAUCAAGGAAUUGGUUCAGCAAAGGGUCAAACAGUUGACGACAUAUAUCUUUCCCAUCGAAACCAAAGACAUGAUCCCCGACACCAGUGAUCGCCACUCAAUACUCAACUCAGAGACUACUCCUCUGCUCGAAACCAUCUCUCCAUUGAACACUCCAAUCAACUAUAGUAUAGUCGAGCCAUGGAUUUGUGGAAAUGGAGAUUAUUCUGCAUACGCUUUGUUCGCGACUAAUGAAAGGGAUUAUCUGAAUAGAGACUCCAGUUUCAGAAAUGCAAAGUAUAGGACGUGUGCAGCGCUGGCAUACAUCACACAACUCGUCAAUAUAAUUGCCUUCUAUUUGGAUAUAAGACUUCCUAAGCGACUGCUUUACAGUGAAUUCUUUAUAAGCGAUUUGAAUGAAACUCAGUUCACACACAAAGUGGCGAAACUGAACGCAAAUAUUGUCUAUUUAUGUCUCUCACAAAACAUCGACUCAGAGCUCUUGAAUCCGCGACAAACCGUCCAAAAUCUUCUCCAUUUGUUGAACUCAUCGCAUGGCUUAGGCAUCAGGAAUGGUCCCAUUGUAAUGACGCCUGACUUUUACGAUACGAUUGAAAGUUGUCUUUUGGAGGACUUGUAUUUAAUCGAUGAAUCAGAACUUGACGACAACGCUAACGAUCAAAAUGACGAGAACCUAAUCAUUGAAUACGAUUGGGUCGAAAACAAUUUGCCUGAUCUUCAGCUCAAUAUUGACGCACAGUAUAGCAAGUGGUGUGAUAUCGACCUUCUCAUCGAUGUGGAGAUGGGCUAA